UCUUCAUCGUCUUCACCUGAUUCUGCCACAGGCUCAGGUACCGGCCCAGCUCGGCCUGAUACAGGAGAGCCUCUCCGCGGAGGAUCAGACUCCGACUCAGAUCUAGGAUUAGGGAAAUUCUACUGCGGUGUAGAUGACCCGGGUCAUCGACUGGAAGGGGAGGAAUUGGAACACGAAUUUGAGGCAGCGGCAGACCGUCUCCGAGAUCUAGUUCAGACGGCCAGUAGGGAACAAUUGUUGUACCUGUAUGCUAGGUAUAAACAGGUAAAGGUUGGAAAGUGCAAUACAGCAAAGCCUGGGUUUUUCGAUUUUGAAGGUCAAAGAAAAUUGACAGCAUGGAAGCAGCUUGAGGACAUGAGUGCAGAACAGGCCAUGCAGGAGUACGUUUCGUGUGUAACUUCACAAGACUCAGACAGCAGUCAGAAGGUAAAACGCCCUCACAAAUCUAAUAAUAAAUCACACUUCAUCUGGGAAGAAGACAGGAACAUAUUUGACUACUGCAGAGAGAACAACAUAGAACACAUUCCCACGGCUAUCAGUGCCAAGGAAGUGGAUGUCAACGCAAAAGAUGAGGGCCGGAAUUUGCUGCACUGGGCCUGUGACAGAGGACACAAAGACCUGGUGUCUGUGUUACUGCAAAACAGUGCUGGCAUUAACAGUCAGGAUGACGAGGGCCAGACAGCGUUACAUUAUGCAUCUGCGUGUGAGUUUGCUGACGUAGUGGAACUGCUUCUACAGGCUGGGGCAGACCCUUCUAUGAAGGACCAGGAGGGCUCUCUGCCUGAGGAGGUCACUGAAUCCAGCUCCAUCUCCUCACUGCUGCGCCAGUACACCGCCCCCAAGGGCUAGGCCCAGCUUCGCCAUCCCCUCCCCUCCAGCCGGUGCCCAUCCCAUCCUAGACCUAGCAUCCAGCUCUCUCAGUAAUAGUCAUCACACUCUGAAAGUGCAACCCACCACUUCAUCAUCUCUCAUAUCCCAUUCCAAAGAAUGCAUCCAUCAUCAUCGCUAUUAAAGAAAUGAGUUUCUCUCUGACUUUUUCAGACCACCUCGUUUGAUGACACGACAGUCAUGUUUGCACUUCGGAUUUUGUUACCUUCACUUGUCUUGUGUUUCCUGAUUAUACAUUUUGUUUUGUAAGACAUUUGGAUAGCAUAUGUUUAUUGGUAAAAAAUAAUAAAAAGAUAUAUAACUUCCAAAGAAGUUGACCUAUUAUUACCU